AUGGGCCCUCCUGUGCCACGGCUGGGCAUUCCGGGAGUAGAUCACAUUAUUGCUGUAGCCUCUGGCAAGGGAGGGGUAGGGAAAUCCACCACAGCAGUCAACCUAGCAAUUGCACUGGCAAGGGGCUCCAAUCUCAGGGUUGGGCUGAUGGAUGCGGAUGUGUUUGGCCCAUCGAUCCCUAGGAUGAUGAAGCUACAGGGGAAGCCUGAGAUAGACAAGGCUGGGAAGAUGCUGCCACUUCAGAACUACGGCAUCCGCUGCAUGUCCAUGGGGUUCUUGAUGCAGGAUGACUCACCGGCGGUGUGGAGGGGUCCGAUGGUGAUGAGCGCCAUAGACACCUUCAUAAAGAAGGUCAACUGGGGUGACCUGGACGUGUUAGUCAUUGACAUGCCGCCCGGCACUGGGGAUGUCCAGCUCAGCGUCACCCAGCGCCUGCGCCUCUCUGGCGCUGUCAUGGUGUCCACCCCCCAGGACAUUGCGCUGAUAGACGCGCGGAGGGGGGCGGGCAUGUUCAGGAAGGUGGCGGUGCCCAUCAUGGGCAUCAUCGAGAACAUGAGCUACUACCGCUGCCCAAACUGCGGCCACAGCGAGCACAUCUUCGGCCACGACGGCGCCAAGCGCACAGGAGAGGAGCUCAACAUGGAGCUCCUUGGACAGGUGCCUUUGGAGAUUGGGAUCCGGGAGACGUCGGAUGCAGGGACGCCGAUAGUGGCCAGCCAGCCAGACAGCCCCACGGCCCAGGUGUACUGUGACAUCGCCGACCGGCUGCGGCACAAGCUACGACUAGUUGAGCCGCAGUCAGGGCCCCGCAGGGAUGACCAGAAGCCACCCUAG